AUGUUCAACCUGCUGACCUGGGUGCUGAGCUGUGGCGGCUUCAACAACUGCCUUGGCAUGAUCUCACACUUGCACUCACGACCGGUCGGCUUUGAUGACACGUGCGACAUCAACUUGGCGAAAUAUGUGAUCAUUGACACGCCCAUUGCUCAGAACACGCACGCGCUCCUCACCUUCGACCCGGCUCUGAGGCAGCACACGUUGUUCGCGCCACCAUCGGCAACCUCGACAACAGCACCGCCAUCAUCAACGCCAUCAACAACGCCACCAGUUGCGGAGCGCAUUAUGGUUCGCUGCGGCCCGAGAAAGAGCUUUGAACCCAUCCCUACAACAGGACACGCACUUGCGAGUGGCGAUAUCAUUGCUGUUGCUGGCGUCUGCUUUGUGUACACCACGCCCGCGGCACCCGCAUAG